AUGGCCGGCUACUGCACUACUGAUCAGGCAGUUGCAGCGAGAACACUGACUAUGCACCUCCUGCUCGCACUUGUGUCUGCUUUGCUGGCAGUUUCGGCGAGGACGAGUACUACCAAACGCAACAGAGGGCCCCUGCCUCGCGUCGUUAACGGGCAGGACGCAGCGGUCGGCCAGUUCCCCCACCAGGCGCUCGUCGUCAUCGGCCAGCGCUCCGUGUGCGGCGGGUCGCUCAUCUCCAAGGCUUCAGUCCUCACCGCCGCGCACUGCACCAUCGCGGCUAAAAAGUACACCAUCCGCCUGGGAGGCAUCCAUCAGCGGGAGGACGAGGACACGGCCUGGAUCACCGUCUCCACCUGGGCCAAAGCGUACCCGGAUUUCAACACAACGAGCAGUUCCGACAACGACGUGUCUAUUAUCUUCCUGACUGACGAACCUCCUCUGAGCCCUGUCCGGGUCCUCGUGUUGUUUGGAAGCAGUUUCGAGGUGGCGGCUAUUUAUGUUAUGCUCUACGCCGUGUGCUUCAUCCGCUGUGUUUACGAGUUGCAGUUGACUGACUGCCGCCUCUUGUGUGUUAGUCACCUGUGGCGAGUCGACAAGCGGCAUCGGAACGGAUUACUGUAA